AAUCUUUCAUCAGCCCCGUCUUCUCGGUGUUGAUAUUCUUGAUUCACAGUUUCACUCCCUUUGAUGACCCGAGUCUCGAGACACUGAACGACGGCAGUGGGAAAUGGGAGGCCUGGUCAAGGCUCAAGAAGUAAGCAGUCCCAGAAGACGAGGACAGAGCACAUGUGGCGCGUCUUGAGUCUUCAUCCUCAUAGAAAAUCGAAGAGGAAGGCUCAACUGGGGUUCUGGGGAAGGAAAAGGGCAGGAGCAUGGUUGCUUCAUAAGAAUAGGAUAAGGAACUGGCACGGAUCAAGACAAGAACAACGAAGGAAAAAAAAAAAGGAAAAAAAGAAGAAAAAACAGGGCACCGUCUUGGCCAUCCGUCAUUCAAUUUCUUCGUGUUCUCUCCAGGAGGCUCGGUUUCGGCACGCGACUGGCUGCCAAGACAAGCCGCCGAGGGGCCGUGACGCAACGUUUGUCUUGUCAAGACGACGCGACGGACGGAGCGUAUUUCGGAUGUCGGCGGUGUAUGUUCUGCUUAUUCACAGCAACGGUGCCGUGACGGGAAAUUGGGGAUCAUAUGGCUUCCGUCCCUCCCCCCCCCCUUUUUCCCUUUUUUUUCUUCUUUUUUCCCCUUCCUUUUUGCCAACGGUGAAUGGGGGUGUAUGAGGCGGGAAAAGAGAUGCGUAUUUGUAGAAUAUACUCCGUACCUAUUCCGACACUCCAAGGACUUAACAGAUGGGG